AUGUUAUUGGUAACUGUUCCUGGUGGUAGAUCUCCUCCUGUAGUGUGUGGUCUUAACACCGGUCAACAUAUGUUCCUGGAUUCAAGCUCAUUGUGUAACAUUCUCUCCUUUAAUAUAGAUUCUGGUAUAACAAGAACUAGAAGUUGGACAAUAAAGGUUACACAGUAUGAAUGUGGAAACCCAGCUAUAGAGACCAAUGAUGAUUGUUUACAGUACUACACUGGUACAUCAGGAAGCUUCAGUAGUUUCAACUACGAUACAACUGUAUCUAAUGCAGCAAUGACAACUGCUAAUACUCAUCUAGCAAACCAGAACUAUAAUAUCUGCUUCAGACAAGAACGAGGGUUUUGUUCAAUCUGUUUUAGCCCAGCAACUAAUCCUGGGUCAUCCUUCUCUAUCAGUGCAUCGGCUGCUGCUGGAGCAGCACAAUCAGGAGCUGAUUCUGUGUGCUCAGGAGCACCUGGAGCAAAGGCAGAUUAUAUAGAGGUAAUGAACCUCGCCCCAGCUGCCACAGUGUCCACAGUUUUAAAUGGGAUUAAUCGAGUUUGUGGAAACUUCUUCAAUGCUAACGGCCAGACGACUUCAACCACUCUUUGCAGCGCUCACGUUCCCUUCCGGUGGGGUGUACACUUCGACGACGGCGAAGCAGUUGCAGCAUCCGCCGGGGUUCUAGAUACGGCGGAGAAUGCAGACGGGGGCGGAAUGAUUGGGUUUAAUAUGAAUUGGUUUUUAAAAGCAUGCUAGUAGUUUAGGGGGGAAAAGUAUUUUUAUUUCUAUGGCAUGUUGUCACUUUUUAAACAGUUUGGAAUUCUGUAGAACGAUUUAAAAAGUAUGAAACCAGAAAUCUAGGAAAAAUCGAAGAGAUUGUACUUUUAUUCUAAAUAAAAAGAAAAAAAGAAUUUUGUUAUACAUUAAUUUAAUCUUUUUUUAGAAAUGUUGCGUAAAAAUCAGCUUCAUUAACUACUUCGACAAUUAAAAAAACUAUAACUUUUAUAAACUUAAGAGUUGUUGCUGAAACUAGACGGAGCGAUCGCAUUAAACUUUUAACUUUUUUAUUUAUUAUAAUAUUUAUUCUCGGCAUAAAUAUUAGUCUUAUAGGGCACAUCGUGCCAUUAGCACAUUAUAAAAAAAAUAUAUGUAAUAUUUAGAAAAUUUUCCUAUUUUGAGGGGAUUAAAAACACUUAUAAAAUGUAAGACCCCACAAAAACAAUUGAGCCAAAUCGGUUCAGCAGUUUUUGCAUUUAUAGGGUCCGAACAAACAAACGCUGGGUAAAUAGUGCAAGAAACUAUCGAUAAAGCAAAAAAAAGCUUUAAAAAUGUAACUCAAAUAAAUCCCCCCCUCUCAGCUCUCCAAGGUUUAUCAGUUUACAGUUUGAGCCUAGGUGCUAGUAUUGCCUGUAUAUAACAACUCAAGAAUUAAAUAUUUCUCUCAUUUUCCAUCUGUUGUCUCCCUGCAUACACUGGGUUGAAAACAAAGUUACAUCAUGAAUAGAGCUCGGUGAGCCUAACCGAAUGUGUAACCUGGAGUGUGACCUGUAGUAUUGUAGACCAUCAUAAAUUCUUACCAUUGAACUUGAAAACCAGCUCUGCCAGUUGUAGAAAAUAAUUAGCAAAAAAAUGUUAUAAAAUUUAAAAAUUAAUUUGAAAAGUAACGGUUGAACCUAAAAGGCUCCGGUGUUAACGUUUGGAGUAAUAGGUGUAAUGUACUAGAAAUUGCAGGCGAGCUCCGCCCCCCUAUUAUGAACUAUGGGAGUUGUACUCUUAGCAUAUUUAAGUAAACUAUUAGUAUCAAUUUUA